AUGUACAGGCCAACCACGAGAAAUGAGUGGCUUUUCUGUGGGACAUUGGUCGCGCAAGCCAUUAUCAUCAUCGCACUAGAGCUAUUCAUCAUCUCCGAAUGGCAGAUGUGGGUUCAUCCCAAUAUAAUUCAAGUGAUGGUCUCAUACGUUGUACCAAUCAAUUUGGCCAUUUUCGUCUUCACUUGUGUUUACGAGCUCAUCCUCGCCAUCGAUGCAGUGCAUCACAAGAAUAAUCUCUUGCUAUUCGCAGUAUGCGUCAGCAAUGCCUGUAUUCUCGCAUUCUCUGCAAUGCAGUCAAAUUCCAUAAAAGAUAUCGCCCGAAGACUACCGGCUGCCCGUGACGCUGAAUCGCAGCCCUUGGUUGAUCUCGAUUUCGAUUUCUGGAAGAGAGUUGAUCCAGCGCAAAUCGCCUGUCCGAUUAUCUUUGGGAUAUGCACUCUUAUCAUCUGGCCUUGUGCCUACCAGCUUCAUAAAGAAUAUGCAUGGGCCAUUUACCGGAGCAUUCAUGGUGAUAUGAGAAUCAAGACUCGCUUUUUGACCUACGAGAUCUACCUUGUUCUGAUCAAGCUUGAUUUCUACUUCAUUACGUGUUUCGUGAUCCAGUAUGACUUGAUCGAUGUUCAUUUCAAGGAGCCAGAGUUUGGCCUCACUUUGGCUCUUCUACCUGCAUCUUUGCUUAUGAUGAUAUUGGCUGUCUGGUUCGUCCGCAGGGAGUGGAAGAUUGCAAUGGUACUCGUAGUUCUCUGCCACGCUGCAAUCAUUUCCUAUCUAAUUAGCCGAAUCAUGGUGCUUUACGGCAAUGGGCUCCAAGCGAAUACAGCGGACAAGGAUAUGAUGCUGCUAUUCGCCUUUGUCGCCUUGGUUCUCAUGACUUGCACCUUGAUCUGCGCUGUCGUCUGUGUGUUUAACUUCGAUCGCGGAUUGAAAGAAGUUCUUGACGAGAAGAGCUAUAAGCGAUAUACGCACUUUGAGGCUCUUUCUGGUCGUACUGAUCGGUCAUACUCGCCAGAUCAACGACUCUCGCUUGAGUAG